AUGAAGACAUUACUAUUGUUGAACAUAAUUACUUUAUGUUUUUCUACAUUUUGUAACAAUGUUGGAUGUGGUCAAUGUGAAACUGAAGUGUGUAUAACAUGUAAAAUAGGAUAUGAUGAUAAUGAUGAUAGUUGUGAAAAAUGUGAUUAUUACAUUUCAUCAAAAAAGGUUGACCAAUUAACAAACCCAGUUUAUUUAAAUAUUGAAGACCAAUGUAUUGAUAUUUCUAAUAAAAUUCAAGGAAAAGAGUUUAAUAGAAUGCCAGUAAAUUCUAGUGAAUGUACUUUAGACUUCUCUGAGAAAUUUUUUUCAUUUGAUAUGUCUGAAGUAACACCUUCUAUUCCACCUUGUAUUAAUACAUCACAAAUUAAUGACUAUCUAUUUGGAAAGUGGACUUCAAUUACUCUUACUGAAGGUGCUCAAAUGAAUAUUUAUAAUAUUAAAAUACUUAAUUCAAAUCAACAAAUUGUAAAUAAGGAAAUUUCAAUGCAAGUCAGUAAUAUUGUUAAUGGACAAAUGAAUUGUUUAGCUUCAUCAAUUGUUUCAAAUGAUGAACCAUUUUCAGUUUUUUUAAAUUCAAAUACAUUUAUUCUAUUUAUUGGAUUAUUAAACGGGGUCAAUUAUACUAUUUCAUUCAAUGCAAAGGCAUCUAUAGAUUCAGAUAUAUUUCAUAGUUCAUUAGUCAUUGAUGGAAAUGACUAUAUUGAUUUUAUUGAUUACACUGAUAAUUAUACUUCAUUUGGUAAACCACAAACAAUGGUUGUUGGUGAAAAAGAUAUUGUUAUUUAUCAAAUGAAAUGUUCUCCAAUAAUAAGAAAAGGUAUAUUUUUCUCUGUAAAAACAGUCCCAUAUCAUACUCUUAUUCUUGAUACUAAGUUAUCUAGUUCUUUUCAUUAUGUUGAAGAAAUUGAUAUUAAUACCUUUUCUUGUAAACAACUUCAUAUUGGUAAAAAAGGUGGUUUAACUACAACUGAAGGUUCUUCAUUCGGUGUUUUAUUCAAAGUAUAUUCAGAAAAAGAAGAAUUAAGACAUUUUUUUAUGUCAAUUGAAAAUGAUCCAUUAACUCUAAGAAUUCAAACAUCAUGUGUUAACAAAUGUAAUCAAGAUAAUGGGUAUGGUCAAUGUGUUAUUUCUGAGUUUAAAUGUGUUUGUAAUGAAGGAUAUGGUUUUGAAGAUUGUAGUAGGUUGUGUUAUUAUGAUGGUAAAUUUAAUACUACUCAAGAAAAUCCUUGUUAUUUAGGAACUCCUGGCUGUGAUAAACAUUGUAAGUGUAAAGAAGGAUAUAGUUAUCAAGACCAUUAUUGUAUUAGUAAAGAAUGUUUAAAUUUAGGUAUAGGCAGUUGUAAUAGAAAUAAUAAACAUUGUUUGCUGAAUUGUGAAUGUGAAGAUGGUUAUGAGCUUACUCAAGAUAAGAUGUGUAAAUUAAAAACUUGUGGCAAUCAACAAAAAAAUGAAUUUGAGGAAUGUGAUGGGGGACUUAAUUGUAAUGAUUUUUGUGAGUGUAAUGAUGGGUUUACAACUGACCCAAAUGAUCCAUUAAGUUGUAAAGAGACUGGUAUAUUUUGGUGGCAUAUAUUAUUAAUUAUUAUUGGAAGU